GAUUUAUAAAUUGAAAAUUUCCGGUACAUGAUCAAAGACAGUGCACGCUUUGUACAGUUUAGUAUACACUAAAAUGUUUCAUGAUACACGAAAACUGCUGGUAUUUCUUACUAUUUUCACACAGUGUAAUGCAUCUUCGAGUGCAGACGACCGUGAAACAUUAUAUAACCUAACCAGAUUCGACGGGGUUGCCCUGAUCUUGGCCAGGGGAGGUUCAAAAGGAAUACCCAGAAAAAAUUUGGUUACUAUUUCGGGAAUAUCUUUACUUGGAAGGGCGAUUAAAACAAUAAACGAAUCUGGUGCUUUCUCAGAAAUUUGGGUGUCCACUGACAGUGCAGAAAUUGCAAAAGAAGCUGACAAAUAUGGGGCGAAGGUACACAAAAGGUUGGAAAAUUUAGCACAGGAUACCACACCUUCAAUAGAAGCUGUACAAGAUUUUAUACAAGGUCAUCCAAAUGUAAACUCCGUCGCUCUAUUCCAAUGUACUUCGGUUUUUUUACGAACAAAAUAUAUCCACGAAGCCUGCCGAACAUUCCAAAACGCUGAUUGUGUGUUUGCGUCAACUAGAUUUAUUCUAGGGAUUUUAAGCUACGAUGGGUUUUUGAUUCCGAAGGUAAAUAUAUUAAACCAGUUAAUUUCGAUCCACUGGAUAGACCCAGACGUCAGGACUGGCAUGGAGAACUGGUGGAAACUGGAAUGUUCUAUUUAACGAAACGGGAGUUAUUGCUGGACGGCACAUUUCAGAACGACAGGUGUAAGGUAGUUGUCAUUGAUAAAGAUGACGCUUUAGAAUUAGAUGACUUUAACGAUUUAAAAUAUGCUCGAUAUCUUCUAGAAUAAUACAAACAAAGUCAUUUGUAUUUUUUUAUUCCAAAAGAAUAUUGCUAAUAAAUAGACUAUUGUCUUUCUUGAAUGACACCUUGUGUUAUUUUUCUUAUAUUAGAAAUUGUUUCUCGAACAAAUGCGAUCUGUAGGCAGAAGUAUAAUUUUGUAAUAUUUCCUGAAACCCCUUGAUUUGAGAGGUAAUUCUUACAACAGUAUUUGACUGAUCUAAAUGGCU